GAUUACAAAGUAUAUAAAAUAUAGUUACGAAAAUAAACACGUUAUGCAUACCAGACUUUUACUCCAUAAAAAAGUGAUUUGAUCCAGUUUCACAUAUUCUACUUAAUACACCCUAUAAAAGGCCCGUUGUGAUUUUUUCAGAGUGCACUUUCUCAUUUUACACGAACGCGUGAACGCCCGUGUAUCUACAAGAUCGUUUUUCGAUGGAAAAUUAUUUUCGAAUUAUCUUGUUAUCGGUUGGUUUUCUCGCUGCGUUUUUCUCAGCAGCCCUCGGCGAACCUCGGAGAUGUUCUCCAAGAAAACCAACGAACCCUUCGAUGUCAAGCAGCGUUUAUUGCGUCUGCAAUUCCACAUACUGCGACGACGUGCCUCAAGUUUUUCAACCCCGUGGAGAAGGGAAAUACACUUUGGUGUCGUCCGGUAAGAAUGGUCAGAGAUUUCUUAUAUCCGAGGGAAAUUUUGCGAAGAAAAAUCCCACCGGUGGUUCAGAUGUUGUGACAACCUUAAUCGUCGACGAGGAGGAAACUUACCAAGAGAUUAUCGGUUUUGGUACCUCAGCAACUGACGCGGCGGGGAUGAACAUUCGAGACUUGUCCGAAUCCGCUCAGGAGGAGUUUUUGAAAUCCUUUUUCUCCGAGGAUGGGAUACAGUACAAUCUAAUCAGAGUACCGAUGGGAGCGACCGACUUUUCUACCAGAGGUUACAGCUACGCCAUGAAAAAAAAUGACAUACUCUUGAAAGAUUUCGCCCUAGCCCAAGAGGAUUUCGACUACAAGAUUCCAUUCCUGAAGAAAGCGUUCGAAUUGAACGACAGAAGAAUGAAAUUAAUCGCGUCACCUUGGAGCGCUUCACCUUGGAUGAAAACAAACGGUCAGUGGACUGGUCCAAGUUCAUUGAAAAGAGAGUACUGGCAGAUGUGGGCGAACUACUUCGCGAAAUUUUUUGACGCUUACCGAAAGGAAGGCCUCGAUUUCUGGGGUUUGACCCCCCAAAACGAACCCAUGUUAGGAUUUCUCUCACCGCCAAUAGCGUUGAUGGGGUGGUCAGCGGCCGAUGAACGUGAUUGGGUUAUAAAUUUCCUAUCACCGAUUCUCGAAGAAGGUGGUUACGGUAAUUUGAGCAUAAUAAUAGGCGACGGUAUGAGACACCUGUUACCCGAUUGGCCAAAAGUUAUAAUGGGUGAUCCAGAGGGUAGAAGAUUGGUGGCGGGUACCGGGGUACACUGGUAUUUAGACGGCAUUGCGCACACGAACCGACUGGAUGAAACCCACCAAAUGUUUCCUGAAAAAUUCAUAAUCUACACCGAGUCCAGCAGCGGAGUUUUUGACCAUCAAAAGGUCGAACUCGGCUCGUGGUCACGAGCUGAAAAUUACGCCCAGAGCAUUAUCGAGACGAUAUCGCACUGGGUAAGCGGGUGGAUCGAUUGGAACAUGGCUGUUGAUCUCCAGGGUGGUCCGAAUUGGUUGAAAAAUUUCGUGGAUGCAACUGUAAUUGUAAAUAAAACGGCGGAUGAAUUUUACAAACAACCUACGUUCUACGUUAUGGGUCACUUUGCAAAAUACGUAACCCCGGGCAGUGUGAAAAUCGGUGUAAAAAAUCGUGAAAAUCGAAGGAUACCGACCGUCGCUUUCAAGAGAUCAGACAACGCAACGGUGGUUGUAUUGCUGAAUACAUAUAUUCCCUUAUGCUACUCACCGGUUGGAGAAAAAGCAAAAACAUACCUCAAGACAUCUCUAUCUGCAGCAAUCUCAUGUGCCACUCCUCGGCAAAAUGUAAAAACAGAAAAAAAGGAGGUGCGAAGCGCGCGAGACGUGAGAAAAAAAACCAGAAAAUACCCAUAUCUUGCGCUGCAGGAUCUGCCAUCGAGAUCGUUAUUAAUUUUUUCUCCUCUUUUUUUGUUACGUCUUGUCUUGCACCUAUAACAUAAUAACGUGCGCGUACAGUUGGGAUUAUGUGUAUGCGGGCGCAAAAGUUAAUGUGGUAAUAUUUUAUAUUUUUUGUUAUCGUUUCUCGACGUUUAUAACUUAUAUAUAUAUAUAUUAGCAUUUCAUAUUCUAAUAAGAGUGAACGGUAGAAAAAUAAUAAAGCCAACUAUUUAUGCAACCCAACAACAAUCGUUUAUAAAGGUACUUGUAUUGGUCGCUGCAACGACAACUCCACGUCACGUACGUGAGUUAUUGCGAACGUAUACCUGCACUAUGAUUGCUAUUUUUAUAAAUGAAAUAAUUGUGCAUACAAAUAUCUUUGCUUUUGUAUCUAUAAUGCACAGGUAUGCAAAUCACCUCCUUUGGAAUUAUAUAAUAUUUCAAAACCAAAAAGUGUAUAGUAUACUACAACUCGGGAAUGUAAUUGUCGUUUAAGAUUUAUCAUCGCAUACCUGUGUAAAGAAUAUUAUGCACAGUAAAAUGAUUGAUGAAAUACCAUCUCCUUUGUAAAGAAGAUCCUUCUCCCACUCCCCUUUUGUCCUCCUCCCACCUAACAGCCCCAAAAAGAGAUUCAAAAAAAAGAAACGAACAAUCGCAGGCACUAUAAAUACUUCAUCGAGUUAAAAUGACCCCAUUUCACAUACAUGUGUACCGUAUAGGGGUUGUUUUCAUAUUUGGGUUAAACAUACAAGCGAGUUAAUACCAUCGAAUGCGGAUGAUUUAAAAAUUCAUUGAGUUUUGAAAACUGCUGGGGCAUUAUGAUACGCAGAUAUACUAUAAAUGAAAGAAUAAAAAAUUAUAUACCUGUGUAUAUGAAUAAAAAAUAUAUAAAUAACUAUGCGGCAAAGCACUUGCAUGUAAUAUCCACGUUCAGUGGACUGUGACUUAAUACGUUCAUAAAAUGAAGCGAAGCGAGCUUUUUGUUUCUCGCAAGGAUAUAUAUUUUUUCAUUGAAAAUUUGACUACGAUGAUCGGCCGUGUAAUAAUUUUCUAUUUUUUGUGCAACGUAGGAUAAUUUGUUGGAAAUACGACGAUAGCCUGCACGCAUUGUACGAUAAAAAAACAUAUUUAUACAAUUAUAGGCCUUGGAAAUGCGGAAGAGGAGGAAUUUGUGAACGGC